AUGGAUGAUUUGACUGUCGAAGACGAAAAGAAGCCUUUCGAGGCCGAACACAACGAUGAAGACACCCAGCCAGACCCUGAUGAGGAGCUAAUGCUGGACAAGGGAAACGGGAGAGUAUGGCUUGUUAAGAGAAUGCUACUUCUACCCUCUCGGAGCCUCUUGCUUUCCGGGCUUUCUAAUGCUCGUUUGCGACCGAAGAUACCUAAACACCUCAUGGCCCGUUGGGCGGCCAUUGACGCGGAGGAUAUUCAUCUUGCCACAAUCCGGGUGUACAAAGAUGCUGUCAGCCCAUCUGGUCGAUCCCCUCGCAUCUUCUUGUUCCUACCGCCUAACCCGAAUGACUCAACCCCACGGGAUCUCAAACUGCCGGUCUUUUCCCCGGACGCAGCUUUCAUACCUUCUGGUGAUGGUGACAUGCAAGUAGACAGAUAUGAACUUGAAAUGGUCAAUGAGGACGUUGAGAAUCAGCUGGUAGUUGCUGAACGCCCCAAAGACCCUGGACCUUCUGGACAAAACUCGGCCUCGUAUAAUCCUCGAGCUAGAACGACCAUUCUAACGGGUCGCAUUAAGCACGAAUGUAAUUUGCGUCCACUUUUCAACGAGUCAUACAGGCAACAAAUGCGCGAGCGAACUCGGAAAUACAAUACCCCACGAAGGCAGAUCCGCAUGAUAGAAGAGGCUGGCGUUAGCCGUGGAGGUAUCAACAGGUUGAGCAGUGGAGUCAACUCGGGAUCGUUCGCGGAUAUGAUUAAAUCCAGACAAAAGCCUGCCAAGGGCACAUUUGAGCGUAUGGCGCGUAUGCCACGCAACCAACUUCUAGAUCUUCUCUUCACACUCUUUCGCGAGCAACCUCGGUGGAGCAUUAAGCCACUGCGCGAGCGCACCCAGCAGCCCGAGGCAUAUCUCAAGGAGGUCCUUACUGCUAUUGCUACCUUGAAUAGGAGCGGAGAGUACAAUGGAAUGUGGGAGCUGAAUGACGUGUUCGCCAAAGAAGGGAUGAAAUCUGAAAACGUCCCUGGACCAAGUUCUAUUCCAGAAGGUGAUAUCGGGAUGGAUGAAUAUGAUGACGACGAGGACGAGGAUGACGACAUGGAGGAGGUUUCAUAG